GGCUCCAAACUAGAUUUAUUAUCACGACAUCCCGGAUAGCCAUGAAACUUUUUAAAAAGACAUCAAAUACCAAAACAUUUCCCUUCCGAUAACGAUGAUCGAAUUGGGGCUAUCUCGAAUAACUCAGCUGGUCCAGAAGCCAAGCUUGACCUGGAAGGCCAUUCAUGUUGCUGGGACGAAUGGCAAAGGGUCAAUUACCGGAUAUUUGUCCGCCUUGCUCACUGCAGGCGGCGUGCGGUGUGGCUCUUUUACCUCGCCGCAUUUGAUCGAUCGUUGGGAUUGUAUUACUAUCAAUGAACGCGCUGUUCAGGAGUCUAUCUUCCGGCGAAUCGAAAACGAAGUCAAACAGAGAAAUCAGCGAUUGGGUCUUGGGGCUACGGAAUUUGAACUUUUGACGGCUACUGCGUUCGAGAUCUUCUCUCAGGAACAGGUCGAAGUCGGGGUUGUGGAAGUCGGCAUGGGUGGCCGCCUUGAUGCCACAAAUAUCUUGACAAACGUCCUCGUAUCUAUCAUCUCGAAAAUUGGGUAUGAUCAUCAAGCUAUAUUGGGAAACACUAUUGAAGAGAUAGCCCGGGAAAAAGCUGGCAUAGUAAAGCCGGGAGUGCCUUGCGUUGUUGAUAGCACGAAUUCUCACGAAGUGAAGCAAGUAAUCCAGGCCCACGCAGAGACGCUAGACGCACCAACUGCAUUCGUCAACGCUCAACAUGUCGGACAACUUUUUCCUCUUCUUCGCGAUAAAUUUGGAUCCCUUGAUCUUCCCCCCCACCAGCGCGCGAACCUUUCGUGCGCCAUUACGGCUUUGCAGGUCGCUUUACCCCAGAUCCGACCAGAUUUAAUGGUCGAUCAACUAUUUCCAUUUAUAUCCAAGACUCCACGCCCAGGCAGAUUGCAGGAAGUUUGUCUUGAGACGUUGAUCUCUCGAAAUGAACCCGUUCUACUCGAUGGUGCGCAUAACCCCCAAUCUGCGGAGGUCCUGGCUUCGUAUGUCGAUCGAAAAUUCCGAGCUCACGCCAAAACCAUUACCUGGGUUGUGGCGGCUUCGCAGGGAAAGGAUAUCGUAGAGCUGCUCGGGUGCAUGCUAAAGCCGGGUGACAAUGUGGCAGUGGUGGAGUUUGGGCCGGUAGCGGGCAUGCCAUGGGUCCGGAGCGUGCGUAGCACCGAACUCGCUACGGCGGCACGCGACGUUCCUGGCAUCGGGGCUGUCGAGGGCUUCGAAAGAGAUGUUCUGGCAGGGUUGAAUUGGGCUAACACGAUAUCAGCGGGCGGACCCGUGGUUAUUGCUGGCAGUCUGUAUCUUGUUUCUGAUGUGCUGCGGCUGCUUCGGGAAGCUCAAGCUGGAAUUGCUCGUGAUGCAGUAAAUUAAUGACUUGGCUCUCGUUGGGCCUGGCCGUCAGGGAUCAUGCGGAUUAGGGGGCAUGAAGUGGGGGAUUUUCCUGUUCUUCAUUGUAGAAAAUCGACAGAUGAAUAGCAUCCUCAGCUGUUUUAAAAACACACACUGUAGACUGCCGGGAGCAAGAUCUUUAUUUUUAGGCUGUCUUUUCCAUCGUUCCUUGCGCGAACGGAGAACACCGUAAAGCUCCACAUGUUCGACAUGGGGCUUGUGGUCGUUUAAUUUGCG